AAUUUAUCCUGAAAGUGUCAGCGAGUGGACAACUAGAUAAUGAGCAUACUUCAUCCACAUGGAUUGUAUAUGGAAACGUAAUUAUACAAAUGUGCCUAUGAGAUUUGACCAACUAUGUAAGGUUGAAAACCGUUUGUUCAUGACGCAUACUAUAAUUCCGCGAAUGGGUUUUGCGCGGAAUCUCUCUCUAUUAUGGUCGUCCCAAAGCAGUACAAGAAUUCCGCUCCGGAAUUUUUUUUAUAUGGGUUGAUAAAUACUAGACAAUUUCCUCAAGACAAAGUCUUUUCAAUUCCAACUUAUGAUCUUAUUGCAAUUAUCCUUCUCAUCUGAAGCAUCAUGAAGUUAUCAAAUUUGGUAUUGCUAGCAAUUGCUACCAUAGUCACAGCUCAUAAACAAGAACAUCAUCAACAAGAACCAGAAUCAUUUAUUAGUGAAGAAGAUGCUACAUUAGAACAACUUUGGGGUCAGGAUUGGCCAUAUUCAGGUAUAAACACAUUUGCUCAUUUACCUCAUACGAAAUGUCUUCUUGAUCCAAAUGAAACUUUUGAUAUUGCUGUCGUUGGAAUGCCAUUUGAUACUGCAGUAACUUAUAGAAGUGGUGCUAGAUUUGGUCCAAGAGCCCUAAGAGCAGCUUCACAAAGACAAAAUUCAUUGAGAGGUUACAAUUUCAGAGCUGAUAUCAAUCCUUAUGAUAAUUGGGCGAAAGUUAUUGAUUGUGGUGAUAUUCCAAUCAGCCCAAUGGAUAAUGGACUUGCCUUGAAACAAAUGACAAAAGGUUAUGAAAAUUUAUUGAAUCAUAAGACAGCUGGUGAAGAGGCAUAUCCAAAAUUGAUAAUGCUUGGUGGUGAUCAUUCGAUUAUAUUACCAGGUUUAAGAAAUUUAUACAAGAAAUAUGGUGAGAUUAGUGUUAUUCAUUUUGAUGCACAUCUUGAUACUUGGUCACCAAAGAAGUACCCAUCAUUCUGGCAUUCAGAUCAAAGUAAAUUCACUCAUGGUUCAAUGUUGUGGAUGGCUUAUGAAGAAGGUUUAUUGAAACAUAAGAGCAAUGUUCAUGUUGGGUUAAGAUCAAGAUUAACAAAUAUUGAAGAUUAUGAAGAUGACGAUGCUCAAGGCUUUUAUAGAAUCCAUGCAGAUGAUAUCAUGGAGGAAGGUUUAAACCGCAUUGCUGAACAAAUCAUUGAAAGAGUGCCAAAAGAUGGUCCAGUUUAUAUCAGUGUUGAUAUUGAUGUUAUAGAUCCAGGUUUAGCACCAGGUACAGGUACUCCUGAAGUUGGAGGAUUCUUGACAAGAGAAUUGAUUUAUUUGAUCAGAAAAUUGGAGAAUUUGAAUGUUGUUGGUGCUGAUUUAGUUGAAGUUAGUCCAGCUUUCGAUCAUGCUGAGAUCACUGCAUUAGCAGGUUCACAAAUUGUUUAUGAAUUAAUUACAAAUAUGGUUAAAAAAGGGCCAUUGAGUUUUAAAGAUACAGUCAAGGAUGCGAGGAUUAUCCAAAAGAUUGAGCAAUAUGGUCAAGGAAUACUUAACCAAGUGGAUGAUAUGAUGCAUUAAAAAAAACAAAAAAAACUUGUAUACUAUCUAAUGACAAAACAUGACAAAUAUUGAACAUUUUAUAAAGUUGCUCUUAGAUUUCACAUAACAAAUGCUUGAUGGAAGCUCCCCACAUAAUUAGUGUUUUUGAUGAAUUGUAAUCUUUUCUGAUUUCAACGUUAUAAAACCUUCAAAAAAUCAAGGAGCUGACU